GCCCGGGAGGCCGGGCCGGCCCGGCUGGGAACUCGAGUCUCAUGCGCCGCCACCUCCCCCCACGAUGUUCCCCUCCCGGAGGAAAGCGGCGCAGCUGCCCUGGGAGGAUGGCAGGUCCAGGUUGCUCCCCGGCGGCCUCCCUCGGAAGUGCUCCGUCUUCCACCUCUUCGUCGCCUGUCUCUUACUGGGCUUCCUCUCCCUGCUCUGGCUGCAGCUCAGCUGCUCCGGGGACGUGGCCCGGGCGGCCAGGGGACAAGGGCAGGAGACCCCGGGCCCACCCCGCUCCUGCCCCCCCGAGCCACCACCUGAACACUGGGAAGAAGACGCCUCCUGGGGCCCCCACCGCCUGGCCGUGCUGGUGCCCUUCCGUGAGCGCUUUGAGGAGCUCCUGGUCUUUGUGCCCCACAUGCAUCGCUUCCUGAGCCGGAAAAAGAUCCAGCACCAUAUCUAUGUGCUCAACCAGGUGGACCACUUCAGGUUCAACCGCGCAGCCCUCAUUAACGUGGGCUUUCUGGAGAGCAGCAACAGCACGGACUAUAUCGCCAUGCACGACGUGGACCUGCUGCCCCUCAACGAGGAGCUAGACUAUGGCUUCCCUGAGGCUGGGCCCUUCCACGUGGCCUCCCCGGAGCUCCACCCGCUCUACCACUACAAGACCUACGUGGGCGGCAUCCUGCUGCUCUCCAAGCAGCACUACCAGCUGUGCAAUGGGAUGUCCAACCGCUUCUGGGGCUGGGGCCGUGAAGAUGACGAGUUCUACCGGCGCAUCAAAGGGGCCGGGCUGCAGCUUUUCCGCCCCUCGGGAAUCACAACUGGGUACAAGACUUUUCGCCACCUGCAUGACCCAGCCUGGCGGAAGAGGGACCAGAAGCGCAUCGCUGCUCAAAAACAGGAGCAGUUCAAGGUGGACCGCGAGGGCGGCCUGAGCACCGUGAAGUACCACGUGGACUCCCGCACUGCCCUGUCAGUGGGCGGGGCCCCCUGCACUGUCCUCAACAUCCUGUUGGACUGUGACAAGACUGCCACCCCCUGGUGCACGUUUGGCUGAGCUGACAGGACAAUAAGGAAGCCUGUACCUGCAGGCCACACAGCUCCUCAGGUUCAGGACAAAGCCUCAGGCCCGGGCCCCAACUCCAGUAGGACGUGGAGGGUCCCAAAGCAGCGGAUAGCAGGCCACCUGGCUACCCCGGGGCAGGCUGGAGCCGGGACGGGACACACCCUUGGGCGCCCGAGACGCUGCUAGCAAUAAACAGUGACACAGAGAGGCUGGAUGCAGCUCCCACCUGGGACCGUCCACCCGCUUCAUGCUUGCCCUGCUCCACCUGCCCUCGGGCACUUAGACCAUGAGGACUUUUGGUUCCUUCCCCCUGGACCGCCUUGUGCAGAAGCCAGGCCAUGGACGUGGGUGGCUGGGCCCAUCCAGAGGGUUAGAACUGCAGACACCGCUGUGCAGGUCCCACGGAAGGACACUGCGGACGCCGGCUCUGGCUGCAUGUCACCGUGCAGGAACGCAGGCCCCAUGUUGCUGGAUCUUCUGAUUUUUUCAAAAGAAACUAGAAUUCUGGAUUCUUAAGUGAAAUCAGUUACUUUUUAAACGCUAGCAACUCAUUGAAACUUCAGAAAAGGAUGCUGGGCCAAACAAAACGUGUCGUAGAGCACCAGUUUGUUGCCUGUGACCGAGCAGAGGGGGAUGGGGCAAAAGAUGGCACCUUUCUUAGUGACAAGCUGGCAAGGGUUUGGAACAGGGCUGGGGACCCCAAGUCCAGGGGAAGCUCAGGUGGGAGAGAAGCCAAAAGAAGGGCAAGGUUCCUGCCACCUCCCACAGCCCUCCAGGCUUCACUGCCCUUCUGGGCAGUCCGGUCCCCCUGGGCUCUGAUGGGCUCCAACUCGGGGGUCGGGGGGCUUUAUCCCACUGCACUGGGAUGGACAGACCGAGAUCUACAGGCCCAGACUCGGGGUAGGCAGAAGGUGCCAGCAAGGACCUGGUCAUAGAGCUUGGGGGUGGGAAGACCACGUUUCUGAGGUGGGAGGAAGAAGACAAGAAGCAGGAGAAUCCUGGAGCGUUCCCACAGCAUGAGGCAUAUAACUGCUGAUCACAUGGUGUCCAGGAGAGGCGAAGGAGGGGGGCCAAGGGAGACCAUGGAAUUGGGGAGUGACCUUGGAGGAAUUCUCUGCAUGGAAGCCUGGGGCCAAUGAGAGCGGGAGGUGAGGGGUCUUCAAGGCAUCUGACUGCCAAAGAUUUGGGCCAGCAGUCAGAGGAGUCCUGGACCAGUGAUGCUUGGUUUGUUUAACAAGACACCUGAAAUGCUAGAAGAAGAGAUUGAAGUCCCAGCGUUCGGGAGGGUAGAUUCAACAGCUGUGCUCCAAAAAGACUACCGCACUGAGGAUGAUCUCAGGGCGGCCCCAUGCAGUUGCUGGAGUUGUGCACCGCAUCACCUGAGCAUGGUGUAAUUGAAUACAAUGGAACUAUUCAGAUGUCUAACAGAGGGUCCCUGUUAUCCUAAAUUGACCUCUUCCAGCAAUUCAGCUUCACUCAGCAUAGUGAGGGACAAGCACAGGGAGAUGACAGCGUAGGGGCAGGGCAGGAGUGGAGGUCUUGCUCAACUU